ACUCCUGCUUUUUCUCUCUCUCCCAGUGAGUGAGGGAAGGGGAAAAGUAAAGAGGAAAAGUGUGUGGGUGAGUGAACGAGAGUGCAGAGAGCUGAUCAGACACGUUUAAAGGGUGGGCAAGAGACAGAGUCGACUGGAACCAGACGGAGACACGAGAAUGUCUCGCCGGCUGCGUCUCUACUUUGGGUCCAACCGCAGCAACACGGCUCCUGAGUUACAGGAACUCGAGGAUGAAGACCAGAAUACACAUCAUAACGUCGCUGGAGCAGGAGCCAUGCUUUUCCAAAUGCGUCCACAGGACCCGUUGCUUGAGGAAGACACCCCUAUUUCUGGUGCUUUCUUAAAACGAAGCUCCUCCAUGUUUAUCCCGCAGCUCCAGAGCCAAAUUGAACCGCCAAGGCCCACCAAGAGCUCUUCCAUGCAGAUCUCCCUCCAGCGCUCCUCUACACCCCAGGAAGAUGUACAGUCCAUGGAUUCACCACCAGGAUACCCCCAGGAUCCAGCUCCGGCAUACACUGAGCCUGCAGAGGGCUGGUUAUCUUCUCAACCUGCAUUUUACCGCAGUAGAGAAAGUCCAGUAACUCCAGUUAUGGAUCAGACUAACCCAGGAAUGGAUCCUGCCCAACCCAAGAGGCGAGUUUUCUGCGUCAGGCCGUACGAUUUACAGAACGGACACUCUCCUUUGGGAAUCGGUAAUGAAGGUUCUCCAGGAAUCAGCAUCGGUGGGUUUUGUAUCCAGCAAAGCGCUACCAGUGGGUCUGAUGUCCAGCAGUUGAGAAUAGUUCCCUACAGUCAGGACAGGCAAAACGGUGCCUGCCGUUGGUCUGUUCAGCCAACAACCGAUGGAAAUUCUGGUACUCGGAGACUUGUGUUCCAGCUUCAACAGGACAGAGGAAGAACCGUGACUACAAACAGCCAGAGAGAGGCGGCCGAUCCUGGGUGUAAAAGUAGCCGUGCGGUACGUUACCCUCGAAUCCGACUAGAGAGGAGCACCUCUCAGCCUUUACAACCCAGACAGAUACCAUCGCGCCCUGGAUCUAUGCCUAACCUUCAUGCCCCCAUCUCUGAGAGUGAAGUUGGUGAGGAUGGCGCUCAAGGCUGCACCUUUAAGAUCAGGAAAGAACAGGAUCCAAGGCAGGCCAAGUUCAAGAUAUAUUUCAGCCAAGGAGGCAGCCACGGGUCUAACUCGACACAGGAUAUUAGCUUUGGACAAGGACCUACCUGGAAUUGCCCAAAGACUAGAGAUGACUUCCUCGGACAGGUGGAUGUACCUCUGAAUCACUUGCCGACAGAGGAUCCAGCGAUGGAGCGGCCGUACACGUUUAAAGACUUCCUCCUCAGGCCAAGAAGUCACAAGUCAAGGGUCAAAGGUUAUCUGAGGCUGAAGAUGGCGUACCUGCCGAAGAACGGUGCUCCAGAGGAGGAGAACAGCGAAAUGAGGGAGGAGGCUGAGGGUUGGGAGGUGGACUCGGUGGAUCACGGUGGUUCUCGUCGUUCUCAGCAGCUCCUUCCUCCGUUGCCAGCAGGAUGGGAAGAGAAAGUUGAUAAUCUUGGUCGAACAUAUUACGUUAAUCACAACAACCGAACCACACAGUGGAAAAGACCCAGCACAGUUGACGUGGUAUCAGAGACAGAAAGCGAUAAUCACCUGCGUCAGAUCAACCAGGAAGCGCACAGAGUGUUUCGCUCCAGACGUCACAUUAGUGAGGACCUGGAGAACGAACACCUUGACUCCCGAGAGCUGGACGAUCCCCUCCCCUCCCAGUCCUGGGACCCUAUCACUGAAGAGGAUUUGUCAGGGAUGAGUGAGGCCGUGGCUGGCCCCGCCUCCUCUGCCACGCCCAUUCAUCAAUUCAGCACUCCAGAGUUUUCAGAGGAGAUCAGCAUGAGGCUGUCACUCACUCCUAAUGCCAACGGAGAAAUGGGCGGAGCUAACAACACCGGGUCUCUCCUGUCCUCCAGAUUGCGUUCCUCCAGUAUGACUGAUGGAGUGAGUGAUCAGGCUCAGACUCCCUCACCAAUGCAGACGUCGCGGUCCAGACGAACCCGAGCCCAAACCGUCACAGGCCUAGAGCAGCCCAUGAACCUGCCCUCAGGGUGGGAGGAGAGAAAAGACGCUAAGGGUCGGACAUAUUACGUUAAUCACAACAACCGCAGCACAACGUGGACACGCCCUAUUCUCCAGCACACUGAAGAUGGAGUGAGUUCUCCUGCAGGAGCUGUAGGAGGCGCUGUAGCUACCACACCUUCAUCCAGCGGCCAUCUUAACGAACCCCAAAUGCGCCGACCUCGUAGCCUUAGUUCCCCCACCGUCACCCUAUCCACUCCUCCAGAGGGAGCCAACAACGUUCCACUUCCUCGGGUGGUGAAGGACACGCUGUCGAACCCGCAGUCGCCUCAGCCUUCGCCUUACAGUUCACCCAAGUCUCAGCACAAAGUCACUCAGAGCUUCCUGCCCCCGGGGUGGGAGAUGAGGAUCGCCCCUAACGGACGGCCGUUCUUCAUCGAUCACAACAGCAGGACGACCACAUGGGAGGAUCCCCGUUUGAAGUACCCCGUUCACAUGAGAGCAAAAGGAGCGCUGGACCCCGGCGACCUCGGCCCACUUCCACCGGGAUGGGAGGAGCGAGUCCAUGCAGAUGGCAGAACAUUCUACAUCGACCACAACACGAAGAACACACAGUGGGAAGACCCUCGACUACAGAGUCCCGCUAUCACAGGACCGGCCGUGCCAUAUUCACGAGAGUUCAAACAGAAGUAUGAUUACUUCAGGAAGAAGUUAAAGAAGCCAGCGGACAUUCCUAACCGUUUUGAGAUGAAGCUGCACAGAGGCAGUAUCUUUGAGGAGUCCUACAGGCGGAUCAUGUCUCUGAAGAGGCCGGACGUUCUGAAGUCCCGCCUCUGGAUUGAGUUCGAGUCGGAGAAAGGGCUCGACUACGGGGGCGUGGCCAGGGAGUGGUUCUUCCUAAUCUCUAAGGAGAUGUUCAACCCUUAUUAUGGGCUGUUUGAGUACUCAGCCACAGAUAACUACACACUCCAGAUAAAUCCAAACUCAGGGCUGUGUAACGAGGAUCAUCUCUCGUACUUCAAGUUCAUUGGGCGAGUAGCGGGCAUGGCGGUGUAUCACGGCAAGCUGCUGGAUGGCUUCUUCAUCCGACCUUUUUAUAAGAUGAUGCUGGGAAAACCCAUCACGCUGAACGACAUGGAGUCAGUGGACAGUGAAUACUAUAACUCACUGAAGUGGAUUUUGGAGAACGACCCGACAGAGCUCGACCUGCGCUUCUGUAUCGAUGAGGACAACUUCGGCCAGACAUACCAAGUGGACCUGAAGCCGAGCGGUUCUGAUAUGGUCGUCACCAAUGACAACAAGAAGGAGUACAUUGAUUUGGUGAUACAGUGGCGGUUUGUGAACAGGGUGCAGAAACAGAUGAAUGCCUUUAUGGAGGGAUUCACAGAACUGAUUCUCAUCGACUUAAUUAAGAUCUUUGAUGAAAACGAGUUGGAGUUGCUGAUGUGUGGUCUGGGUGAUGUGGACGUUAACGACUGGAGACAACACACUGUAUAUAAAAACGGCUACUGUCCAAAUCACCCCGUCAUCCAGUGGUUCUGGAAGGCUGUGUUGUUGAUGGAUGCUGAAAAGAGGAUUCGGCUCCUGCAGUUUGUCACAGGAACCUCCCGAGUUCCUAUGAACGGCUUCGCCGAGCUCUAUGGUUCAAACGGGCCACAGUUGUUUACCAUCGAGCAGUGGGGGACUCCAGAAAAACUCCCCCGCGCGCACACAUGUUUUAACCGUUUGGAUCUGCCAGCGUACGAGUCAUUCGAAGAUCUGAGGGAGAAGCUGCUGAUGGCUGUGGAGAACGCACAGGGCUUCGAGGGAGUCGACUAGACACCACACACACACACACACACACACACACACAGAGUCAAAUCUGAGUCCUGGAUCGUUUUAUCAGGUGUGUGUGGAGUGUGAACACAAAACUGAACUGAGACUUUAUGCUACACUACAGCACAGUCCUUUAAAACACACUCGCGCGCACGCUCUCUCUCUCACACACACACACACACACACACACACACACACACACACACACUCUCUCUCACACACACACUCACACACUCUCUCUUUUCUUCCACACUUAUUCACAAAGGAUUAUGGGUAGUGAAGGUGCAGUAAUUGUUAAACCCAUAUCAGGUCUUAUAAACACCAGAUUACCUUAGAAAACGAAGAGCGAUGAAGAGCCACUCUUCCUCCUCCUCUUCCUCCUCACACCUUCUUCACUCUUCUCUUCUUCUUCCACAAUGGGGAUUUUUUUAAAAAUCUUUUCUCUUUUUUUCCAAAACACAGAAGGAACAGUAAUCAUCCUUUUUAGAUUUUUAUCAGUUAUUAUCCGGAUGAUCUCAUCACGUUGGCGUUUGUAUCAAUAAUGUACGUGGUUUACAAUUUUAGGUCGGAAAUAAAAUGCAAAUAAGGAAAUAAACGAAUCCUGCAUGGCGAGCCGGCCGGGCUGUACCGGAGUGUUUUAGUGCUGAGAAAACUGGCAUGAACAUGCGUGUCUGUCAUGUUCUGGAUAUGAUUACGUAGUAAUUAACGCUGUUCUCCUGCUCCUCUGGAACUCCUGGGGGGGAAAAAACCAGACGCCGUGGAAACGACGCCUUUCUUCACAAGUGUAUUAUUAAUAUGAAUAUUAUUACAAUUAUUCUGAUAUUUGUACAUUUUUUUUGAUGAUUGAGGAAGAUUAAAAACAAACCAAUGUUUAACUGAGUCACUGUAUGUAUUAAAGCUUCUGUAAGUAUUAACAGCAUGAAUGAAGAAGAUGUGAACGUUCUGACUGCUGCAGAUUUUUAGUCCUUAAACUUCUUUCUUUCUUUCUUUCUUUCUUUUGGUCACGUUUCUUUUUAUUUCUUCCCCCCUUUAUUAUUUAUGUCCAUUCUAACAUCACUAACAGUUGUAAGGGCACUUUAUUGGUCACUCACAAGCCUCGUGGGUCGACAGUUUUUUUCUCUUUUAUUAAUAUUAACUUGAAUGUGACUUUGCUAUAAUAUCUAUAUGAUAUCUUUUCUGUUUCGGGCACUCGAACGACAUGGUGCAAUACUCUCGUCUGCUUUCUGUCUGACGCUCACUCCGGCCUUGCAACACCUGAUCCGGGGUCAGUUUCACCCCUCGGAGUCAUGAUGACACAGAUCAGGACUGUAAAUAGAUUCGGUGUGGUUCUGAAUCAUUUUCGCUUCUGAAUCACUUUCUUUGAAUCAGAUUCUCUGAAUCACUAUCUGAGCCUUAUAUUUCUCUUUUGGUUUCUGUGCUUUCUCUCUCUUUCCUGCUGCUCGUGGUGUGAUCUUCUCUGGUGUUAUUGUUAUCUUUCUUUUCUCUCUUCCACUCUUUUGUAGAGUCUGUUGUUUUUGUAUUGAUGGGGAAUGUUCACCCUUGCGAUUCGUAUAACUUGGUUCAAAUUAAACUGAGGAAUGAAA